AUGGCUAUCGAAAUUCUUCCCCUGACGGAAGCCGAUAUCCCAGGUGCAAUCCGGGUGAUACAACACGCUUUUGCCGAUGAUCCGUACUUUAAGUGGGUAUUCGACGGCUCCAAGUUCAACAAACAAAGAAACUACAGCUCCCUCGCAGCACGCUGUCGCUGGGGCAUAAACAACGCAAUUUUCCAAGUUGCAAAGGAGAUAACCCCAACCGAGGAUUCAUCCACAUCUCCUGUCCUCGGAGUAUCCUGCUGGCUAUCACCCCACCCACCUUCAAAACCGGAGAGCUGGUAUUCCUGGUAUCAAGGCUGGGUCCUAUCAGCUACCCAAUUCCUCACGAACAUCCUCUACUUAGGCCGUGGAGGGCUCCGCACAAACAGGUACUGGAUCUGGAAAGAGCAGCAGCAGAAAGCCCAAGCAGAGAUAUGGGUAGACCCGCGUGGAUAUUAUUUUUGUAACAUUGUUGCCGUUAGCCCUGAGGCACAGGGGAAGGGCGUGGGGAGGAUGCUUUUUGAGUCUGUGACGAAGAUUGCGGAUGAGGAGGGCGUUAAGUGCUAUCUGGAGAGUUCGAAGAAUGUGCCUAAUGUGCAGAUUUAUGAGAGAAUGGGGUUUGAGAUGAGUAGGACUAUGGAGUGUCGGGAUGGAGGGGAUGUUUGUAUGUUGUAUUGCAUGACGCGUAACCCGAAGACCGAGUAA